GUCGUCUUUGCUCACACAGGAAAAGCAGGUCCAGAGGUGCAUCACAGUCUUCUCUGGCUCCUCCGAGGUUCCACAGCAGCGAGGCAGCUCUGACCCGCCUGAAGCCAAUCGGUUGCAGAAGAGCAGCUGCCUUAGUCGGGCCGUCUCCCUUCUCGCCCACUUGCUCGAGAAAGUCGCAGGCUUCCGUGCCAGGCAGCUGCCAACAUGGCAGGCCCUGCUGCAGCCAUCGGACCGGGAGGGAAAAACAGCCGAGGAGAGUUGGCCAGAAACAGAGCCGGCGAUGAAGACGCAUCAGCGCCGGUGGCGUGAGUGCAGCCAGAAACACAGAAGAAGAGCAGCUGCAGAGGUUGGCUGGACUGCUGCAAACACACGGUCCAAGUCCCAUCACCCAGAAAGUGAAGUUCACAGACGAGACACGUUCAUCGGCCAGGUUCUCAGAGCAGAGCUCGCUCUUUUGGUGCUGCUGUUCUCUGGAAGUGGCUUUGGCUGGCACGGAGAUGCUGCGUACCUCAAGUCCUUCAUCAUGGGCCUGUGUGCGGACGCACAGAUGAGCAAGUGCUCCAGUGGCGUCCGGCACUGGUGCGGCUGCGCCGUCGGGUUCUGGUUGAGGGAGCACAGCUGUGCAGCAGGCUGCCUGAUGGGAUCCCAUCUGAGCUUGCGCCGCUCAUUGUCCUCGCCGGGGUUCGUGGCUUGGUGGCUCAUGUGACCUGCUGCCGCCCCAGACUCAACAGCGCUAACAAGUCAGUGGCACAGUCCAUGACUGAUCAGUGUUGGUGGCGUGGUGUGUCUGUCUGACCCAGCGGCGAGUCGCUGGGCACAAGUCACCUCCUCUGACUUGGUAGGAGAAGUCACAGGCCGACGGGACGAGUUACAGUGGGACCUACGCGGUACGGACCAGUAGAGUGAGCUGUAGUUCAGAGCUUUUGUGUUGUGACACACUUGACUGACGUGUGGUGUAGUCGGGACCAGGUCGUCAGCGUGUGGCUUCCUGUGGCUCUGCGUUUCAGGCCGGACGCUUGGUUUCUUUCCCAUCACAUGGUCACAGGUCUGAAGCGUUUCGAUCGAUUCUGCUGUGAUCGAUCCGCACGUGCGUGUCAGAGGGCGCCGCCGCCGAUCGUCAGCAAUAAUGGCGUCCAGGGAACACGGUGGAAGUGAGGCUGUCUUCUUUACUGGGAGCCUAACACUAACGCUGAAUGAUCUCUUUCUCUCAGCAGACGCUCUGUUGCCGCCUGUCAAUGUGAGCGUCAAGGCGGUGAAGGCCAACUCUGCAGUGGUGACAUGGGACAUCCCAGAUGGAGACCCCGUCAUCGGCUUCGCCAUCACACAACAGAAGAAAGAUGUGCGCAUGCUGCGGUUCAUCCAGGAAGUCAACACCACCACACGCUCCUGCGCACUCUGGGAUCUGGACGAGGAGACGGACUACAUCGUGCACGUUCAGUCCAUCAGCCUGUCAGGAACCAGUCCUCUGAGCGAAGCGCUGCGCUUCCGAACGGCCAAAGAGGCGGAGUCUCAGGUGUCCAAGAGUAAAGACGAAGUGACGAUGGAGGAGGUGGGUCAGACGGCGCAGCUGCGGGCAGGAGAACUCAUCAUCAUCGUGGUGGUCCUCAUCAUGUGGGCAGGUGUCAUCGCGCUCUUCUGCCGCCAGUACGACAUCAUCAAAGACAACGAGCCAAACAACAACAAAGACAAAGCCAAAAACUCCUCCGAGUGCAGCACCCCCGAACACCCGACAGGGGGGCUGUUGCGCACUAAGUUCCCCGACAACACCACCAGCAGCAGCAGGAUGCCAUCUGUCAACAUCAUCGAGGUGUGACGGCCGUCUCCUCAAGACUGCAGCCCAUCAGCUUGUCAGGACGAGGCAUGACCAAAGGGGUCAUGAGGGGCUGUGGAGGUGGGCAGACUGCAGGUUAACCCCAGGGACCAAAGCUGAUCAACCGAGCCAGAGAUUCAAACUCUCCUUCACUUCCAAACACCUCAGAUCUGUUUCUGGGAGCCGCUCGUCUUUCGCCUUCCUGCCGACCUUCAGCCGCACACGUUCAGUGAUCUGAACCGCAGUCACCAUUUUCCACUUCAGUUGGCCGUUGAUCUCUUCCAGGCUCUAUUCAGACUCAGUAUCUUUGAGCAAAAGGGAAGCGGAGUCGGCAAAACAAAGAGCACAUCUUGGUUUCCGAGAUCCUAAAUGUGAUCCUAGGGCGAGAAUAAGACAGAGAAGCGCGAGUGUGGUGGAAGCCGGCAGCCAGGAGGUGACCUGCAGGGGUUCAUCUGCCACUCACUCAUGCGGAACAACGUUGCUUGCUCCUACAGAAAUGGAAGGGCUGGACAGGUCAUUUCCUCAACCUGAUGCUGGUCACCUGGACCCAGGUGUCAUGGUUUUUGUUUUCUCUCAACACCACCGGACAAUACAUGACGAGCAGCAGUCACCAGAAACAGCUGACAAGUCACAUUCCUUGGUGAAGAGUCUUCUGAGCGGAAGCCGCAGACAUUAGCCCGUUAGCCAGCGAGGAUAACGCAGAUGAAACCUGUUCCUCAGUGGUGGUGCCGGCAUGUUCCUUCCCCUCCUCAGGGAAUGCAACCUUCUCAAGCCAUUCUGUGGACGACAGCACUGCUUCUCACCUUCCCAGACGAGGUCCAAAACAGGUUUCCAAUCCAGCCCUUACAUUCCGCGUCCAGGAGGAGCUCUGUGGUCCCAGACUCUCGGCGCGGAAGAGCCCUGAAAAUGAGCAAUAAAAGCCCUCACUGGAAGCUGAGUGGGACUUCUGCAGUGAGGGCUUUCCUUCCCCAACGUACCUAGCAUGCGUCGCUAAGAAAUGAAGAGCAUGGACCACGUCAUUCCAAACCAUGUCCUCCAGACAGAAGGGCUUCGAUUGAGACCUUUUUUUCUCUCGAUUCAAUGUCACACUGUUGCCAUGCAGUUUGUCACAGCGACUUGGAGGGCUGACGCCAAGUCAGUAGUACUGCCUUAACCACUAUUUACUUCAUGGGGCGAACAUCGACGGCGCAUGCAGAGAGAAGCACUUCACCUCUCGACACACAUAUAUAUAUAUAUAUAUGUCACUGCGUGAUUGUGCUGUUGUGUCCAAUAGUCUAACUUUCAUGACCCAGAUCUUGUUAAACUACGGUCCCCAGCGAAGCUCAGGUCAGAGAUGGCAACACCUCAGGGCUCAGAGGAUCAGGAGGAGGUUCCGUCUGGGCCUCUUCACCUCUCUCCUGUUGGCCGAGCUCUGAUCAGGAGAAGAAUGAAAGCUGAAGUUCCUUCUUUGCUCACGACUCCAGAGCUCAACUCUUUUCGGAAGCAUCGACCUUUAAACUCUCUGAACAUGUAAUGGAAUAUAUUUUGAUCAAAUCUCCAACUCUGCUUUCUAAACUGUUGUGUCAGUGUUAACUUUUGACUAACCUCAGUGUCCGUCUAGAAUAUUCUGAUGUGUGUCGUGUGAUGGACUGUUUUACCUUUGUGUUUCUUCUUCUGGGGCAGAAACGGGGGGUCUCAGUGGUGGGGCGCAUAUCUCUGGAGAUGGGAGCAGAACAUCUGUGAUCUGGAGGACUCUCAGGCCUCCUGGGAAUGGCUUGGCUGCUGCCCCACGUCCUGACCUCCAGAGAGUGGAAGAAGACUUUUUGUGAUUGUGAAUAUUGAAUGACUAACACUAACAGAGGUCGCGGAGGUCACCAGGAGCCUGGUGCAGGAGAGCAUGCUUGCACCCGCCUUCAUUCCAGCUAACAUCGUUCUACUCACGGCUUCACGAGGGCUAGCAUGCUUUUAACUUGUGCACAAGGAGACACGACUUCUGCCCAGAAGAAUGUGGUGUGUGCUCUCUUGUGUCUGCUUCACUCUAAUAAACAUACCACUGAUCUUUUCCAAAACUCUC